UGAUAACUUCAACAAUGCAAUUCAAAUUUUAAUGUAAUCCGGAUUUCAGAUGAAGACGACAGGCGUAUUGGUCAAUUUGCUUUCAAAAUACUAGUCAACUGACUUCUAAUAAUUAAACUUAAUAUACUUAAGGGUUAAUAGUGCAGAAUAUAUUUUACUAUGUUAGUUUAACAAGUACCACUUGUUAUUGUAUACCUUUUAAUUCACAAAAAAAAUUUAAUAUGUUAAGUUUAUUAAUCGAGUAUAAAGUUUUUCUUGGUGUGUUUAUGUUGUUCAUCUUUUGGUUAGUUCUUUAUAAUAGGAUUAAAAUUACGAUAGCGAAAUGCGUAUCAUCGUUCACUACGUUUAAACUACCCGAAAUUAAUAAAUUACUACACUCGUCGACCAGUGCGCUGUUUUGCUUCAUUAGUGUUCCAUUAUGUUUUUCGACGUUUAGCACUACGAAUCCUGAUACAUCAUUUAAGUCUUGGCUUCUUAGUUCUUUCGGUCAGAUGAUGAACCAGUGUGCAGUUGAAGAAAGAGUAGAUUCUUUUAAAAAUUUUAAAUUUAUCAUACUUUAUUCAUGUCUGCUACAUAGUGUUUAUGCGUCAUACUCUGAGAAAGUUAUUGAUGAAUGGCCAAUUUUGAAAACAAUUAAAAGAGUUGCCGUUUUGUCAUUUUUCGCAUCUUCAUAUUGUUUUGGUUGCACAGAAGCUGGAUUUGUAUUUCUCGGACUAUCCAACCUUUCUCUCGGGACUUUAGAACUAGCAAGACUUUUAAAACUAUUUCACAACAAAACGAGUAGUAAAAUUAUUAAAUUGUUUAGUAUAAUGCAGUUUAUUGUACAUUGUGGUGUAUGGAUAUCAAUUUAUUUAUUCCUUAUACCAUUCAUUGUUAUAUCAUCUAUGGAAAUACUCAAAAUGGACAGUGAAAAUCGGUUGCCUUUAGGAAUCAUGCUAUUAAGUCUUCUUAUAUUUUAUUUGAUUGAACUAAGGGACAGCCCUUUGAACAUGUCGACUACAACAGGAAAUGGAAUAUUUAGAUUAUUGGAAUCGCCCAAAAAUGCUCUUAAAUUGUCUACAAACAAAUCAAAAGAAAAGUCAAAGGAAAAUAUGUUGAUGUUAUAUCAAACAACAAAAUGUGCUAUGGCUGUUAAAAAGAAAGUUCAACAAAUCAGAGAAGAAAAGAAAUCUAAAGAAUUUAUAUUACCUUCUAAAAUCAAACAAGAGCCAAUUGAAGUGAUUGAAUUAUUAGAUGACUAAAAAUGGCUGAAAACUCCUGUUAAAAAAAAUCAAAAUGUAAAACCUGGAAAGGUAAUAUGACGUAAAACACAUAUAUGCUUGGGUAGAAGUCCUAUUAAUAAUAAUUUACAUCAGAUAGCCUAUGGCUCACCCUUGACAUUACAAAGGAUUAUUUCAUUCCACGUUUUCGAUCAUUGAUGA